AUGUUAGUGUAUAUACACUGUUCAGGAUUUGGUGGUGGCUCUUGGCCUGAUCAUAGUGGUGCUGCAGCUGAGUUUGUGUGUUUACCACCUGAUCCUAAUCUGACCACAAAAUUCACCUCCUCUAAAGCAUUCAUGUAUGGAGCAGAAUACGACGUCCCUGGUUUUGGCCAUCAUAAUGGGGAUGACCUCCCUUGUGUGGUUUGUAGAAGGACGACACAAUCCAGCGUGUUGAUGAUUCCAGGAAAGAACAACUGUUACUCAGGAUGGACAGAGCAAUAUCAUGGAUACCUCGCAGCGGGACUUUUCAAUUCUCCAGCUGCUACGCAAUACAUCUGUCUAGACGAACACCCUGAUGUUCUUACUGCAGGAGAACGGAAUGACAAUGGAAAAUGGUUCUACCCUGUCAAAGCGGUGUGUGGAGCACUGGCAUGUCCCCCAUACCACAACAAUAUGUACCUAACAUGUGUUGUGUGCACAAAAUAAACACAUGCAG